ACUUAAAAUCCUCACCGUUCAUUUCAAAAAACUCCAACACAUUACACAUCUGUAAAAUUUAUAAGUUUUAUAAACUCGCAUGUACCACAUUAAUAUAUUAGUCUCAUUCUCCAUCAUUUCCGUAAUUAGCUACACAAAACAUAUCUCACUAACACAAACACUUUCACUUCGAUGGCGAUCCAAGUCACUUCAUCUCUAUCUUUGCCGAGGUGGUUGAGUUGGCGUAUACCGGAGCUGAGUUUAUUGUCCGUGGUGGUCGACGACGUUGUUUGGAAAGUUGUGACGGCGUUCGAGUCUGUGGCCUUGGUCUCUAUGCUCUGUUUCUUCUUCCUCUUCUGUGGCUGCACCGUCUAAGUUUUUAUUUUGUUAUUUCCUCUUUUAUUUUGUAUGAACGGUGUUAAACUUAAUCACCGGAAAGUUUUGGAUUGUAUUUUGUUAGCUCCGUCACUCAACAACGGCGGAGAAAUUUAUGUUUUUAGUGUUUCAAACAGAGGCGCGUGAUGCUCACUCGAGAGUUGUGUUGUUGUAGCUUUGGUUUCUUUUAAAACAAUGAUUAUGUUCUGUCUUGGGAAA